AUGUGAACAAGGAGCUCCAUGUUCGCGCUUGGAUUAAAAGUGGUUUAUUUCACGUGAAAUCGGCAUCGGCAUCUAGAACCAGGGAAAUGGCUAAAGUGUUAAAGACGCUCCGCAAUCACUGGAAGAAAACAACGGCCGGGGUUUGCGGACUGAGCUGGGGAGCGCACUGGGUUCACAAGAGAUACCGGGACAAUCUCUUGCGCAGGGCAGCAUGUCAACAGGCAGAGGAGUAUGGAAACCAGCUACUGCCAAUCAGUGCAAAGGUGAAGAAAGCCACUGUCUUUCUCAAUCCUGCUGCUUGCAAAGGGAAAGCAAGAAGUCUCUUUGAAAAGAAUGCAGCACCAAUUUUGCAUCUUGCUGGACUUGAUGUAACGGUGGUUAAGACUGAUUAUGAGGGCCAGGCGAAGAAACUCUUGGAGUUGAUGGAAGACACUGAUAUGAUUAUUGUUGCUGGAGGGGAUGGCACCUUACAAGAGGUAAUAACUGGACUUCUUCGUCGAGAGGAUGAGGCUGUCUUUAGCAGGAUCCCCAUAGGAUUUAUUCCAUUGGGAAAGAUGAACUCCUUGAGCCAGUCACUGUAUUCUACCAACAAAGAACAGGCCAGGCACAUUUUAAAUGCCACACUUGCUAUCGUGAAAGGAGAGACCAUUCCCUUGGAUGUACUGGAAAUAAAGGGUGAUAAAGACCGUCCAGUGUUUGCAGUGUCUGGGCUGCGAUGGGGAGCUUACAGGGAUGCAUCUGUAAAACUCAGCAAGUAUUGGUAUCUUGGUCCCCUCAAAGACAAGGCAUGUCAUCUAUUUAGUAUAUUGAAGGAAUGGCCACAGACUCGUCAGACCUCCAUUGCAUACCUCGGCCCCACAGAGAGACCACCAGAGCCAUCAGAAGAGAAAUUACCGAGGCCCAGUCUAUGGCAACGCAUAUUAAGGAGACUGGAAUCAUACUGGGCCACUCCUAAAGAGGUGAUGCUGAUGCCAAUGGAGCCAAAGCACUGGGAGGAAGUACAGAAAACAGCAGUGGAAGUAACCAUCAGCACACUCAACAAGCAGACAGACCUUAAGCGUACUGAAGAUGCCAUGAACAUUUGUAUAGAACCAGAUACUAUUAGCAAGCGGCAGUUUGUAGCUACGGCGACUCAGAAGUUAACAGAUCCACUGAUGUGUCCUGAAGGCAGCCAAGUUCUCCAAGCCAGUUUCUGUAAACUACAGCUACCCCAGGGAACGCAAGGUUUCUUCAGUAUAGAUAACGAAGACUAUGAAGCCGUCUCUGUGGAUGUGAAACUACUUCCUCGAAAACUCAGGUUUUUCUGUGACUCUAUCAAAAAGCAACAGCUGCAGUAGUUGCUAACACGCAACAUUCAGUAUCCCUCAGCUGAUAUUACCUGUUUACUCAAUACAUCCAUAAUCAGUCUUCUAUUACCCUUUUAAUUUUGCCGAAUCUAAUUUUAUGUUCAGAAGCACAUAUUUUGUUUUGACAUUCUUGGAUUUGUAAGACGACAAGAUGGAGGUUUGGAGUGCAAGAGGACACUGAUUUUUAAAAAAACUUGUAUUUUCCAAAUCAACACUGCCCAGUAUUAUCUGAGACUAUGGAAUGAUCUUGCAGAUAUUUCUCAAAAGCUGCUGUUGUUUGGAAGCCUGAAUUACUGGAUUAGAUGAGUUUCCUGCUAGUGUCAAUUUUUAUUCCACCUUCUUGAACAGACAUCUAGUCUCUGCAAAACUGACCCUUACUAAGAAGGAAAUGCAACUGAAUCGAGGUUUUGAAAUCGGAAACUAUAAUCAAUCAGUUAUACAAAGCUGCAGUAGGUAGUACUUCAUUCUUUAGUGUCUGUUUGAAGAGUUUAUUGUUUAGAUAAAAGGAACCUGCAUUAGCAAUGCUGCUCACAUUUUCAGAAUGCUUUGAAACACCUUGCAGUUAAUGAAUUAUUCUUGAAAAGUGAUCACUUCUGUUGUGUAGAUAUGAAUUUCAAUGUAA